AUGGCGGGUGCCUCUCAGGGAUCAGGAGUUGUCGUUCCAAGAAAUUUCACCCUACUUGAUGAGCUUGAGGCUGGUCAGAAAGGUGUCGGUGAUGGCACCAUCAGUUGGGGAUUGCUUGAUGAUGAGGACAUGACAAUGACUGAAUGGCAGUGUGUCAUAAUUGGACCCCCUAAGACUAGUUUUGAGAAUAGAAUGUACCAGCUGCGUGUUAAGUGUGGAGAAAGCUAUCCCCACAAACCUCCAGAUGUCAGAUUCAUUACUCGCAUCAACAUGACCUGUGUCAACAAAGAAACUGGAAUAGUAGAUCCACGAAAAGUGGACAGUUUAUGGACACACAAAAGCUGUAGUAUAAAGUCUUUGUUGCAACACGUGAGAGAAAUGAUGAUGUUGAAGGAGAAUCGUCUAGCACAGCCUGCGGAGGGGACUACCUUCUAG